UACACGCUUUUCCAGACUUUCGUUUUCCGUGUUAAACGCGAAGUUUGAAAUUUUCAAGAACCUCUCAUUAUCUGCUUUUAGCUUUUGCCUUUAUUCUAUUCUACUUUUUUCUUUUGACAAUUGAUUCUUCAACAUCAGUUCAUUUCGUUGAAAUGGAUAACGCAGUUUUUGAAACCCUUUUAGGAGUGGCUGAUAGUGAUGGUACCGUCCGUACGGCUGCUGAGAAUAAGUUAAAGGAGCUUGCUAUUCAACCUGAGUUUCCUAUCAGUCUUGCUAAGCUUACGGUUUCGCAGCAACACGCUGUUCCUCAAAGACAAUUAGCAGCUGUUACAUUGAAAAGUUACGUUACAACACAUUGGUCAAGCAAAAAUGACGAUAAAUUUGUUGGUCCUGAAACUCCAGCAGAGGCCUUGCCGAUCCUGAAUCCAAAAUCAGAGUUGUUAGUGCUUAUGUUGUAUCGAAAAUCGCACAUGAUGAUUUCCCAGAGAACUGGCCCAAUUUGUUCGACAUCUUAUUAAAUUACUUAAAGAGCAGCAAUUCAGACAGUGUUCAUGGUGCGAUGCAUGUACUGUUGGAAAUGAUUAAAAAAGAUAUUAGUAUUCAACAACU